GUUAUUGUUGUCGCCUGCAUUUGCUGUCUAGCCCACAAAAGAAAGUGCUACCCCAGUAAGCCACUCAAGAGUCGAGAGCGAAUCAGGCUUUGAGUGUGUGCGAGCGGACCCAGCAAGAAACUCGAACCCUCCUUGCUUCUCAAAAUCUAUUAAUACCCAUCAAAAUUCAAAAAAUCGCAGCUUCUCCUUCUCUCAAGAUCGAUCGUAGGUUCUUUAUCCCACUUCUUCUCCCUCCAAUCGAUCACCAGAUGCGUCUCCUUCUUCCCUAUUCCCCCUAUUCAACUUAUGUUUCGACCCAUGAUGUGACUACGAUUUCUCCAAUUUUUCUGCUGGUUUCUUUUGUUUUCUAGAUACCGGUGUUUGAUGAUUUCUUUUGGCGUGUUUGGUAGUUCCUUUCAUUUGGGAAAUUUAGGCUCAUUUUGAAUCGUUUUUCAAGUCUCUCUUUGUGCCUCUUGCCACCCACUGAAACGAAGGUUUGCUCAUUUUGGUUUUGCACACCAGGUGUUUGAUGUUUCGUUUGUUUGAACAUUAGAAGAUUCUCCGCCAACUGCUACUGGUUCAACACCACAAGAUGAACUGGAUGUCCCUUAGGAGGGCAAUCAUCUUUCGAGAAAUAGUGAAUUACCAUUUUCAUCCAAAAAACCGCAGCCUUUCCUCAAGUAUCUUACGUUCUGUCCAUAAUAGAACUGAAGCAACUCGUGAUUCGAAAAAUGAAUCCAGUUCUUCAAAUUACAAUCACAACCUUCACCAUUUACCAUUGUUUUCAAAAGUUUGUGAUCAACCCCACGAUUACAAACUUGACAUCGUAGAUGAUGAGACUUGGGAAAUUUCAACAGGUUUCGCAGAUGCCAUGAAAGAUGCUACUUCCCCAUCACAGGUAACUAAUUCCUCUCAUGCUCAAAUGGUUAAUCAUGCACCUCAAAACCAAAACGACCCUGAUUUUGAUGAAAUCGAUGAUUUGAGAAUAUGUGGAAAUCUGUUUUAUAAGCUUGACAAAUCUUCCAAAGAAUACGAAGAAUACAAUUUUGAUUUCCACAGGAGGAAAUCUUCUAAAAGGAAGGGUGAUUCAAUUUCAAAAGAAACCCCUUCUUCAAGACUUGAAAAUGUUUCAAACAGACAAGAUGAGAUCACAGAAAGCAAAAAGAAAGGAAACCAACUUUCCAAAUUUCAUAAAUUGGAUAAACUGGAAGGAUCUUUAAUGGGAAAUAAGCAUAAACAAAAGGAAAGGGUUCCAACUUUCAAUCAGUUAACAGCAGCUUAUCAUGAGCCAUUUUGUUUGGACAUUUACAUCUCAAAAGCAUCUGUACGUGCAUGCAUUGUUCAUCGAGCAACAAGUAAUGUUGUUGUUGUGGCUCAUUCCAUUUCUAAAGACAUGAAGUUUGAUCUGGAUUCGACUAGGAAUGUUGCUGCUUGUGCUGCUGUUGGGAAAGUAUUAGCACAAAGAGCUUUAGCUGAUGAUAUUCACAAUGUGAUUUAUACACCAAGAAAAGGUGAGAAAUUGGAAGGGAAACUUCAAAGUGUACUUCAGUCUUUAAUAAGUAAUGGUGUAUGGGUGAAGGUGAAGGUUAAGAAGACGAAAGCUCGAAAACCUGGAUUUCAAUCUGCAGAUUAUAAGUUUUAGAUAUAUGGAGUCGUUGAUUUUCUCUUUUAUAGAAUUCUUAAGGAGAGAGGUGAUAUAGAGGCAGAUAUGAAAUGACUAUCUUGUCCCUUGUCCAUGUUUAGUAAAGUGUCAAUUAUUUGUACUUAAUGGAUUUAGCGAGGAAAAUCAUGCCAUUUCAGCCAUGUAAGAAAUUUUCUUUUAACUCAUUUUUACUAUUUUGUUUUUUUGUUUUUUCACGAGUUUAUCUCGUAAAACUCCAUUUUGUGUGUAUGGUUAUUUAAUUGAUUUCAUAUGUAUUCAUCCAACAAUUUUCAUA